ACCAGAAAAACACAGGAGAAGAAUUCUCGAAGCUUCACUCUAAACCCAAAACCCUACUCUCUUCUUCUUCUUUCUACCCCGGCUGCACUGCCAGCUAUGGCUCUAUACUCUUUGCGUAUCCGUCGAUCCCUAACCAGCUUAUCCUCUCUCCUCAACCACCACAGAACUCUCUCUUCAUUAUCCACGCCUCCACGCUCAUCUUCCUCUCUUCUCCGGGCUUUCAUUUCUUCAUCAUCGUUGUUGCCCCCCCCGCAGUGCGCAGCUCGACAAGUUCAAUCUCGUCCGUUCAAGUCAACAUCUGUUUCGCUGUCGUCUUCAACCACGUUCAACAACGAGACCGAGAUAUCGCCUGACACGAUCCUUUUCGAAGGCUGCGAUUAUAACCACUGGCUGAUCACUAUUGACUUCCCCAAAGACCCCAAGCCCACCGCGGAAGAGAUGGUCGAGUUUUAUGUUCAAACCCUGGCCAAAGGCCUGAACAUCAGUGUUGAAGAGGCAAAGAAAAAAAUGUAUGCUUGCAGCACAACAACUUAUAAUGGCUUCCAGGCUGUGAUGACAGAAGAAGAGUCGGAGAAGUUUAGAGGUUUGCCUGGAGUUGUGUUCAUAUUGCCAGAUUCUUACAUUGAUCCAGUAAACAAGGAGUAUGGAGGAGACAAAUAUGUGGAUGGAGUGAUCAUUCCCAGACCUCCUCCUGUACAGUAUGGGAGGACUAGGGGAGGAUUCUCUAGAAAUAGAGACCAGAACUUUGGCCGGAAUUAUGAUCAACCUUUCCGUGGAGGGAGGCGAGAGGUGGACCCAAAUCAACCAAGAAAUCCUCCAUCUGGUCAUCAGGUUUCCGUGCAGGGAGAUGGAAGAGACUACAGGGCCUCACAAAGUUAUGGUCCACCCCAGCAAAAUUAUGGUCCACCACAGCAAAAUUAUGUUCCCCCACCACCACAGCAAAAUUAUGGUCCACCACAGCAAAAUUAUGUUCCCCCUCCACCACAGCAAAAUUAUGGUCCACCACAGCAAAAUUAUGAUCCCCCUCCACCACAGCAAAAUUAUGGUCCAAUAAACAAUAGAGGUUAUGCCCCUGGAGUAGGGGACAAUUAUCAGGGUGAUAGGCCAAGGCCUUCAUAUCAGGGUGGCAACAAUGCGGGGAUUUAUAAACAGGGAGAUAGGAGGGAUUAUGCUCCUCAACAAAGGGACUUCAGAGGAGAUAAUCAGAAUUAUGCUCCUCCACAAGGUGCAAAUUAUGGACAAGGAAUGGGCAGAACUCAUGGGCAAGGAGUAGGUGCAUCUUAUGGACAUGGAGCAGGGGCUGACAAUGAGCAGGCUUACCCAAGCAAUGGAGGAAGUCAAAGGUUCCCACAAAUGGAGCAAAGAAGUGGCAUGCAAGGAGAGCAACGAGACUAUUUGCCCAUGGGACAUGCAGAGGCAAACCAAGGGAGAUACUGAGAAGUUGCAGACCAAGUUGAGGAGAUAACGAGAGGAAAGUGCAUCUGAACAUUAUCAAAUGAAAAAAGGUCUCACCUGUAUUCUCAGUAUAGAAAGGAAGAUCUGUGCUUUUUGUUCUGCCUGAAGAAAAUUCUAGUAUCACUCCUAUUAGAUAGUUGUGUUAUAUACCUCUUCCACCUUCUGAAAAUGGAAUUUCCAAACCAAA